AUGAGUCUUAGAGUUCGUCUGUUCAAUGAUGACGAAGGGCCCCAUUACUCACCGGAAGUGACGCAGUGCGAGCUGGAGGCGGUGCUCACGCCUCCCUGCAAGGGAGGCGAUUCGCUCUUCAGAGACGACACACCCAGCUUCAACGGAUUCUCCUAUGCACAGACCAGUAGAUUCGGUUCAAAUGGCGAAGCGAGAAAGUGCUUAUUUUCCGGAAAGCGAUCUGCGGACUGCAAUAUAUCCGAUUCUCCGUUACGAAUCCAGAAAAAGUUCAAAGAUGGACACACUCAGGUUGUCAGACAUGAUCUUCAAAGCAGCUUUCAUAUUUUCAAGGCAGUAGAAACCCUUGAAUCGCGUAAUAUGAUUGCAGAUGGGUCACGUGAUUACGCAUUACCCACAAUUCCUGGUCAGCAGCGGGAUCUGAGGUCGAUAUCACCGGAAGUGAUGGCUGAUGUUGUCAGCGGACACUACAAUGACGUGUUCAGUGACGUCACGAUUGUCGAUUGUCGUUACCCGUACGAGUUUGAAGGCGGUCACAUCAAAGGGGCGGUCAAUCUCUUUACUAGAGAUGGCGUCAAUGCUCUUCUUCAUAAACCCGUCAGUGGAGACAAACGUCACGUGCUCAUCUUCCACUGCGAGUUCUCAUCUGAGAGAGGACCCAAGAUGUACCGUUUCCUGCGCAGUCUGGACCGCGAGCUUCACAAGGACCUGUACCCCGCCCUACUGUUCCCCGAGGUGUACCUGCUCCAUGGCGGAUACAAGGCUUUCUACAACAAGUUCAAGAAUUUAUGCGACCCGGAGGCAUACAUGCCUAUGCUGCACGAGGACCAUGUUGCCGAUCUGCGUCACUUCCGGGUCAAGUCUAAAUCGUGGACCGCGGGAGACAAACACUUCUCAAGCAGACGUCAUCGCAGUCGAAUUGGGCGCCAUCUUAGCUUCGGAGACAAUAACGCGUCUUGAAUUUUUGGAAUAAAUGACGGACUGUCCUAUCAAAAGGUGGGAUUAAAGCAUGUCCAUAUGCAAAGAAUUGUGUCCGAAGUUACACCAAGCUUAGUCCAUACGGAGAUUGGGAAUUAUUCCCGCGACAAUAUAUGAGGACAAAGACACUUCCUCGCGGAUGUAUAAACAAAACGGAACCGUUCAUUCCAGUUGUCCGUUUUCUUGAAGGCGCUUAGCAUAGGUUCUGUGUAGAUUGCAUGCUAGAUGGUGUAAGGGUAUACUAAUGCACGGGCAGUGUAGAAAACACUAUAGCGGGCCAAUACUGAUUGCG